AUGGGCUUCUCCCGCCCUGGGCCUCUGCGGCCCCAGAGCGAAAAGAACUUCUUCAUCGUCACUGGACUGCCCGAGCACUUCAAUUGGCAGAAGCUGAAGGACCUUGUCCGAGAUGCCACAACCAACCAACCGGGUUGGACGAAUAUAGACGAGUCCUGGCAUGGCCCCGAGGGCGCCAAGGGCUACUUCAGCGUCAAGUCGCAGCAAGAUGCAGACAGCGUUUACGAUCUCUUAGUAACGGUCAUGUACAUUCGGCUUGGGCGGCCAUUGCUCGUCCACCACUUUGAUGCCUCAAGCACGGAGCCUCGCUUGGUCAAAUGCAACUGCAACAGCUACUACCCCGAUUCCGGCGGCGGCCACUCGGAAAACAAAUCUCGCAUCACUUCCAGAUCUGUGCUGGCGGCGCAAAACAGCGCGGACUGGCAGCCCAUUGCCCACCCUCAGUACAUCCCCAACGUCUCGAUCCCAAUGCAGCACCCUGGCAUGACGGUGCCCAUUGCGAUGCCGCAGGUCCCAAUGUACGCACCGGCGGUAAGCUACUACCCGGCGGCUCCAGCCAUGACGGCGCCCAUCAUCCUGAUGCCGGCAAUGAUCAACGAACACGGGCUCCCCAUCAAUGCCACGAACGGCGUGGUCCGCACCGAGUCGCGAGGGCUGCACAUCUCCGGGCUGAACUGGCACGCGUCAGAGGCCGAGCUGCGCGACCUGCUCCGGCCGUACGGGCGGCCGCUGGGCGUGGACCUGAAGCGAAGCUACGCCACGGUCCGGUUCGGCACGACGGAAGAGGUCAGGCGGGCCAUCGAGAGCCUCGACAAGAGGUCGUGGAAGGGACGGACGAUUGCGGUGAAGGAGGACCGCGACUCGACGGCGGUCUCGCAGCCGGUGAUUGUCAGAAGCGCGCCGCAACAGAAGGCAAACAGGUGA